ACAAUGAUGAUCUCUAAUCUUCCAAACGAUUUGGAAUCCGAAAUACUCUCUAGGGUUCCUACCAAGUCUCUAGCGAACUUGCAAACUACUUGCAAACGAUGGUACGCUUUAUUCAGAGAUCCAAACUUCAUCAAGAAGAACUUUGGUAAAGCAGCAAGUAAGUUGAUGUUGCUGAGUAAUUUUGGUGUUCAUUCAGUUAGCGUCGAUCACCAUGGAAUUCACAACAACGUUGAUCCAUCUAUCGAGUUUUCGGGUAAAUUGACAAGUCUAAAAGACUCGAAAGAUUUGAAAAUAUCUAAAAUCUUUCACUGUGACGGUUUAAUAUUAUGCUCUGAUAAGGAAUACACUAGACUUGUAGUUUGGAACCCCUGUACAGGUCAAACCCGGCGGAUCAAACCAAGAACUCGUUACCGGCAUGGUGAUUAUUAUGCUCUAGGAUACGUAAACAGCAAGUCUUCUGGCCGUAGCUUCAAAAUCUUGAGGUCUUGCAGUUAUGAAAACGACCAGGAACAAUGGGUUGCUGAGUUUGAGAUCUAUGAGUUUAGCUCUGAUUCUUGGAGGGUUCUUGAUUACUUCACCCGUGACUAUGGCGUAUUUAGCGGCGGCAUGUCUUUGAAAGGAAAUACUUACUGGGUUGCUGGAGAUAAACAAACCGGCCUUUUCAUGCUGUAUUUUGAUUUCACAACCGAGAGCUUCGGGCGUUUUCCUCUUCCGUUUCAGAGUAAUAAUCCUGAAGAUACCGCGGCUCUAUCUGUUGUUAAGGAAGAAAAACUCUCGGUGUUACAUCAGAACAUUCUUGAUUUUUCAAAUGUGAUGCAGAUAUGUGUGACCAAUAAGAUUGAUGAGAGCAUAGAGUUUUCGUGGAGCAACUUCGUCUUAACUGUGGAUUAUGAUAGAUUUAAUUUAGAAAGUGUGGUGAAUGUGACAAGCUUCUUGUUGGACGAGGAGAAUAAAGUAGCAGUGUGUUCUGAUGUUGACAUGGAUGAUGGAUAUAUGACCAGAGUCUACGUUGUUGGAGAGGAUAUAUACAAAGAAGUCUAUAAAGAUACUACAGGGGCAUCAUAUUCUAAUUGGCCACUUCUCCUCAAUUAUGUUCCAAGUGUGGUGCACAUUAACAAAAAUACACCCACUAGGCAAAAGAAAAGGAAAUGUAGGGAAAUCAGUUAA